GAACCUAUCUACUACAGUCUACAAAGCCAUCCUUCAAAACCCACGCCGGCCACGACUCCGACUAGCUGUAGACCGACGAUGACGUUUCUCUGGCCAAACCUAUACAGACAGUAACGUUAUACACACACUCUUUCUAUAUCUAUAUCAGUUAUUAUUAAUUAUUAUAUAUAUAUAUAUAUAUGUAUGGCAUCUAAAUGUAUUAUUGCUUAUUCAUCAUUCCCCCCAUAUUCCUUAUCAUCACAAUUUCGAAAAAUCAAACAGACACCAAACCCUAAUUCAUUAAUUAAAUGUAAUCUGUCUAAAACAGACACAAACUCUGAAUCAAAAAGCAGAAUUAACUUAUUAAAUUUGCUUCAAAUAUCUGUAACCCUAACUAUAAUCUCAGCUUCAUUACCUCAGCAGCCUGUAUUAGCCGCCCCGAAAGUUUCGAAUAAAAAACGGUUAAAUAAGAAACAAAAACAACAACAACCGGAUUCAUUAACUCCACUAGAAUGGAAAACUUGGUCCCACGGCCUUCCGGUUGUUGCUAAUCGGAUUCCGUAUACCGAUAUAUUGAACUUGAAACGUGAGGGUAGGAUUAAGAAUGUGAUUAGACCGCCUGGGAAAGGGUUGAGGGAGCGGGCAGUGGUUGUGUUGGCGGUUUUGGAGGAUGAUAAGGUUGUAAGGAUUGUGGUUCCGAGUGUCGAGAGUGAUGGAAAGUUUUGGGAAGAGUGGGAUGAGUUAGGGAUUGAUGGGAUAUGUGUACAAGCGUAUACGCCACCCGUGAAAAUGCCGGAGGUGCCAGCGCCGUUUUUGGGGUUUUUGGCGAGGUUUCCUUUGUGGAUGUAUUCGUUUGUGAAGCCUAAGCCGGUAUCGAAGAAGGUGUUGGAACUGAGGAAGAAAAGGGAGGAGUUGAAGAAGAGUAGGAGUAGUGAGAUGUUGAGUAUGAAAGAAGAAAUGGUGCGAAGGGAAAAAGCGGCGAGGUUGCAGAAUAAGAUGGAAGAGCGGAAGAGGAAGAUGGAGAUGCAGAAGGUUAAUUAUGAGCAGUCUAUGAAUGAGGCACGGAUUAAGUAUUAUCGGAUGUCUAAUAUGUGGAAAGAGUUGGCUCGUGAUUCUAAUGUCACGUUGGGUAUUGGGUUGUUGUUUUUUGUUAUAUUUUACCAAACCGUUGUUUUGAGUUACAAGAAGCAGAAACGGGAUUAUGAGGAUAGGUUGAAGAUUGAGAAAGCGGAAGCUGAGGAGAAGAGGAAAAUGAAGGAAUUAGAGAGGGGUAUGGCGGGACUUGAACCUGGAGAUGAUGAGGAUGAUGAGGGAAAACAGGGUGAGGAGAACCCGUACAUGAAGAUGGCGCAGCAGUUUAUGAAAUCAGGUGCUCGGGUUCGCCGUGCACAGAAUACCAGGCUUUCCCAGUAUUUAGAAAGAGGUGUCGACGUGAAGUUCACAGAUGUGGCUGGGCUUGGGAAAAUACGACUUGAACUUGAGGAGAUUGUGAAGUUCUUUACACAUGGAGAAAUUUACCGUAGGCGGGGAGUCAAAAUUCCAGGCGGUAUACUUCUUUGUGGUCCCCCUGGAGUCGGAAAGACGUUGUUAGCAAAAGCAGUUGCUGGUGAGGCAGGUGUGAACUUUUUCUCUAUUUCUGCAUCCCAGUUUGUGGAGAUAUAUGUUGGAGUUGGUGCUUCACGUGUCCGAGCACUAUAUCAAGAAGCAAGGGAUAGUGCUCCAUCUGUUGUCUUCAUUGAUGAACUGGAUGCUGUUGGAAGGGAACGUGGUUUAAUUAAGGGUUCUGGUGGACAAGAACGUGAUGCAACUCUAAAUCAGCUCCUUGUAUGUUUAGAUGGAUUUGAAGGCAGAGGUAACGUGAUCACCAUUGCUUCCACAAACAGACCUGAUAUCCUGGAUCCUGCACUUGUAAGACCUGGGCGUUUUGACAGAAAAAUAUUCAUACCCAAGCCUGGUCUAAUAGGACGUGUCGAGAUUCUAAAGGUGCAUGCUCGUAAGAAACCAAUGGCAGAAGAUGUAGACUAUGCGGCUGUUGCAACUAUGACUGAUGGAAUGGUUGGUGCAGAGUUAGCUAAUAUAGUUGAGGUCGCUGCAAUUAAUAUGAUGCGUGAUGGAAGAACUGAGAUUACCACAGAUGACUUAUUACAAGCUGCACAAAUAGAAGAACGAGGGAUGCUUGAUAAGAAGGAACGAAGCCCUGAAAUUUGGAGGCAAGUGGCUAUCAAUGAAGCUGCUAUGGCUGUUGUGGCCUCCAAUUUCCAUGAUCUUAGGAAUAUUGAGUUUAUCAAUAUUGCUCCACGAGCUGGUAGGGAACUGGGUUAUGUGCGGGUGAAAAUGGAUCACAUCAAAUUUAAGGAAGGAUUACUGAGUCGACAGUCUAUGUUAGAUCACAUUACCGUUCAACUAGCACCACGGGCAGCUGAUGAAAUUUGGCAUGGUGAGGGUCAGUUGAGUACUAUUUGGGCCGAAACAGCAGACAACGCCAGGUCAGCAGCACGGACUUUUGUUCUUGGUGGCCUUUCAGACAAAUAUCAUGGUGUAUCUAAUUUCUGGGUUGCAGAUCGAAUAAAUGAUAUUGAUGCUGAGGCGUUGCGGAUCCUCAAUAUGUGUUAUGAAUGUGCGAAAGAGAUUCUGGGGAAAAAUCGGAAACUUAUGGAUGCAGUUGUUGAUGCACUUGUUGAGAAGAGAAGUCUGAACAAGCAAGAAUUUCUUAACUUAGUUGAGUUACAUGGCUGUAUUCAACCCAGUCCACCAAGUAUACUUGAUAUCAGGGCUAUUAAACGGGCAGAGAUGCAUUCAAUGCUGACAAAGCACAAGGAAGAAGCUAAGCAAACAACCACGUGACAACACAAAUGUCAACGUUAACCGGGAUUUUGAGAUUCUUAAGGUUUGAAGAAGCAAACUAUGUUCAUGUGGUGGAUAUGUUCUUGCAGAUAAACCAGCAGUACACCAGAUCAGUCCUUGUUUUGAACAUGAUUAAUCAUCAUUCAAUCGAGUUGUUGGGCCCUGUCACGCGUUGAUUUGCAUUUUUAUAAAAAUGAAAAUUUAGAAAAUAGGUGAAAUCCUGUUAGGUUAUAUAGUUUUUGAUAAAAAGAGGACUGACGAUGGCAAAGCCAAAAUUUUGUAAAGCAGUUAGAAAUGUAAUUUGUCAGAUAUCCCAUACCACUUUCCUUUAA